UACUAGGUGAGCUAGGUUCACUUUCCGUUCACCGUGACCUGUCGAACAUCGGAUUAAACUCAGUUUCUUUCAACCCUCUAUGGAGUACUUGCUUCCUCACUAAGUCCUGUUUUAUCGCACUGUUCUUUCCCAACCAACCUUACAUCAUUUCGCUCAUUGCUUCCUGUCCAUCAGAUCCUUUUGCGUCAAGUCAAAGAGGAAGGCGCCAUGGAUGCAAAGAAGGAAGAGGUGCGAAAACCCUGGGGCGUCGGGUCCACUGGGGCACUCAAAGACGAGAACAUCCCACCGAGUGGCCGCGAUUGCCAUCAAAUGUCGACUUUGGGCGCGCGCAACAAGCGGAAGGAGCUCCCCAGCCUCUGGAAUUUUGCCCGGUGGAAAUAUGAAUUGCUUGGAGAUGAGCCCGAACCCGACACUCAGUUUGAGAGCCAAGCCAUCAAAGCGUCUGGUGCGGAAAUACCACAUGAAAACAGCCGCCGCCAUAGUCAGACCCCUGGUUCAAAACCUACUUCUGAGCACCAUACGUCCACCAACGCCACUGCCACGGCUGCGUCCAAGACGGGCCCAAGUUCGGCCACUCGCUGUUUCGAGUGCAGCGAGUUCACACAUGACGGGAUCCUAUCUGGGCUAUUCGACCUCACGGACUACAUCAAAUGUCACGCCUGCAACGUGGAGCAUCGCUCGGUGGAGUUCACACCGUCGCAACGAGAUGCCACGGUAGGGCGCACCUGUAUCGCACGACAAGGGUUUCGAACGCUCUGUCCACACUGGCGCAUCAGCCUCAGUGACAUACGGCUAUGGCAGAGAUACAUGGACGACGAUAUUCCGGAGUCCUGCCCCCACAUUACGCGCAGCCUUUUCGGUUUCAUCACCGUCAAGUGCCCGCAUGAGGCUCAUAGUGAUGACACCCCCGAAUCACAACGCUGCCCAUUCUCUGACCUCACGCUCGAGCUUUCUGAGGCCGUACGUACGAUGUUCGUUACUGUCAAGUGGACCUCGUCUCUCAAACAAGGAGUCCGCAGCGAGGACAGGUUCGAAACUUGCAAGAAGAUUAUAGGGCAGCUCAACGAGCUAUGCCCUGAGGCUUUUGGCCCGCCGAUUAUGACGCCGCGCCGCAUCCAGUUGCUGACGCGCAAUGACUUGAACAGUUCUGGCAAGCUCACAAUCAAUGUCGAUCGGUGCCUCGACUUUGAUUACAUCGACCUUCUGACUCAGGGUCGUGGACCUCCUACGGUCAGCUACGUGAGCAAGAUUCGGGUGCCCAAGUCUGCGGAUGGCGAUCAGACGGGCAACUCGUGGUCUGGCUAUCUAGAUCCAGAAAGUUAUGGCCUCAGGGAUGAUAAGCUAGGCAAAGGCAUCACCUGGUGCGAUGACGUUGGUUGUGCGACGAUGGGGGGAAGGCUACAGCGUGAGGUAAUCGCUCGACGCAUACGUCGGUGCGUCCACGAACGUCAAUUCAGGCGAGACUACUUCCGCAAGAAUCCCUCGCUGUUGGAGAACUUGCCAGAGAUGACUUCCACGCUGCAGCAAGACUUUCGAGAGCAGUUUCAUAGUGAUGUAGAGAGCGCCUGGCAGACCGUCGGUGAGUGGAUACGGCGAGGGUCGGAAUGACAUGCUCUGAUUCGGACACCGCGAUGCCGCGACGCGCCGCUACAGGCAUGUACUAGUAACUGCGUCGGGUCUCAGUCCCGACUGUGGACGGUGUGGAAUGGAUAUUUACUAAUUACUCACUCUCCUGCAUUUCUUCUGCAAACGCGAUCCAUUUAUCCCCGAUAACCCCCGCAAGCUGAAGGCUCCUUAGCACCCGAUAGUCCAACCCUGGCAGUUCUCCGUCACCGAUCGUUACAUGUAGUUGGCGGCUUGUGGAGGAGGCUGGGCCUCGGCACAUUGCUUUACAAUCGCCUCAACUCCCUGAUUGAGA